CUUCAUUCUCGCCAGAUCGGGGAAGUUCAGUUUGCUCCUCCUGCCCUGGUAUUCGGGAAUUGUGAUUAUCAUGGCUUCAUUACUCGGUGCUGGCUACGAGUCCAGUGAUGAUGACACGACCAAGCCGGCCACCCAGGUCCAACCUGCGGUGCCCUCAGCGACCAAGAUUGUUGCGGCGCCAGAAGUGAACACAGAGGACCAGGCACACAUGCAGAUGAUGCUCGCCAACACCUCAUCCACCGCCCUGACUUACAACGCAACCUACGAUGAUCUCUCGCGGCCCUCUCAAGGCCCCGUCAACCCGUUCAAGCCCGCCGGACCAGCAAACGGCCUGAAGCGCAAGAAUGUCCCAACCGGAUAUGCCGAAGAAGCAGCCAUCAGUGAGGCGACUUUCGCCGCGCAACAUCGUACCUUCGAGAGUCUGGGCUACACCCGCAAUCCCGGUCUCCCGGGUCAGUUCAUCGGCAAUCUUGACAGCGCGGCUCAUUUCGGUGGCCGGGACGUCAUCCAAAUGAAGCCCUCUAAAGAGGCCUCGGCAGCGCUCCGCGCGAAGCGCCAAAGGAAGGGUGACCCCAGCAUCGUCGAAGGCGAGGGCGCCUACCUCGGCCCAUGGGCGAAAUACCAACAGGACGAACGUGCCUACGAUGAAGAGGAUGUGCUGGAGGAGCGCGAACUCGCCAGUGACGAGGAAUACGUCGAGGUGGAGGAGGAAGAGGAAGAUCUGGCCCCAUCCAACAUGCCCGCCAUGAGCAAAGAAUCGACCGACUACCAAGACGACACGGCCAAGGUCGAAACCACCGAAUUCCACGGCAGCGAACAAUUCGACUACCAGGGCCGCACCUACAUGCACGUCCCCCAGGAUCUGGACAUCGACCUCCGCAAGGAGCCCGGCAGCACCAAGAACUUCAUCCCCAAGAAACUCAUCCACACCUGGAAAUCACACACCAAAGCCAUCACCUCGCUCCGCUUCAUCCCCCGCUCCGGACACCUCCUCCUCUCGUCCGCCGCAGACGGCAAGGCCAAGAUCUGGGACGCCUACCACUCACGCGAGCUCCUCCGCACCUUCUCCGGCCACUCCAAAGCCAUCACGGACACCGACUUCCACCCAACCGGCACCACCUUCCUCACGGCCUCCUACGACCGCCAGAUCAAGCUCUGGGACACCGAAUACGGCAAAUGUCUCGGCCGCUUCUCCACCGGCAAAACCCCCCACGUCAUCCGCUUCAACCCCGGCGCCGAGCACUCCCACGAAUUCCUGGCCGGUAUGUCCGACAAAAAGAUCGUCCAAUUCGACACCCGCUCCGGCGACCUGGUCCAAGAAUACGAUCACCACCUGGCAGCCAUCAACACCAUCACCUUCGUCGACGACAACCGUCGCUUCAUCUCCACCUCGGACGACAAAUCCCUUCGCGCCUGGGAAUACGGCAUCCCCGUCCCCAUCAAAUUCAUCGCCGAACCCUACAUGUUCGCCCUCACCCGCGCCGCUCCCCACCCGAACGGCAAAUACGUCGCCUUCCAAUCCGGCGACAACCAAAUCGUCGUCUACGGCGCCACCGACAAGUUCCGUCAAAACCGGAAGAAAAGUUUCCGGGGCCAUAAUAACGCCGGCUACGCUAUCGAUAUUAAAAUCUCCCCUGAUGGUCAGUUCAUCGCCUCCGGUGAUAGCGGUGGUUAUGUCUGUUUCUGGGAUUGGAAGACCGGGAAGAUGUAUCAUAAGAUUUUGGCGGGUGGGAAGGAAGGUGGUGCGACGACGUGCUUGGAUUGGCAUCCGCAGGAAACGAGUAAGGUUGUUACGGGUGGGUUGGAUGGGUUGAUUAAGUAUUGGGAUUGAAUGGGGGGUUCGUGUAUGGGUAUGUGUGGGAUAGAUAGUUAGCAUUAGGUAUAUUAUAAGACUGCGGUGCAUUUUAUGGGAUAGUAUUCU